AUGCGUCCUGGCCAGGCGCAGACGCAUGCGAAGGCGCAUACGCAGCGUCAUCGCGCGAAGCAAGUAGGCAAGGAUGCCAGGAUCGUGUCCCAUAUAGUCGAGGGAGAGAGUACGGGUACCCAGCGCCGCGCCGUGUUCCGGCCGGUGCUUACCUCGCCGUACGUCGUGCAUGGGCCGCGGCUUGCCAAGGCCGAUGCGGAGAUGCUUCUGCAUACGCUCGUCGAGGGCCUUGCUGAAGAGCGCACAGGGACCACGGUCGGCCUGAAUGCGGCGACGCGCGCGCUCGAAGAGCGCAUCGAUGCGGCCCGCACAGACGCCGCGGAACCCCCCCUGCCCCGCAUCCUCUUUGUGUGCGAAGGGGAUGUCGAGAACACUGCGCUCACGGCGCACCUUCCUAUGCUAGUUGCGAGCUACAAUGCCGUGGUGCGGCCCUCUGCGCCGCUCCUCCUUGUUCCCCUCGCUCCCGGCGCCGAGCUCUUGCUCUCGACCGCGCUCGAUGUGCGCCGUGCGUCGGUCGUGCUGCUGUCCACCGCGUUUCCGAGCCUGGAGCGCCUGCUGCAGCGUGCCGCGUCCGCGUUUGGCCCCGAGUAUGUCGCGAGCGGAUUCCGCGUGAAAUGGCUCGAUACGACCGCGGCGCUGGCGCCGCCGCGCAUCAAGCACGUCGUGUCCAGCACGCCCGCCAACCUCAACGAGGCCAAAGCACAAAAAAAGGCGUCGCGCAAAGCACACCAGGAAAAGAAGCGCGUGCAGAGGAGCCGUGGUUCAUAA